AUGGCUGAUGAUCUCCGAUAUCUAUCAAAGAAAGAGAGAAUUUUGUGGAACUUGCUGGAAAGUCUGGAAGACUUCCUACAAAAUUACAAGAAUGAUAGUGAUCACGGUUCAAUACAACCACGAUUGGCCAAGCUAGACGAGGCCUACGAUACAUUUUGUGAUUUGCGCACACAGAUUGAAGUUAUUUUGGACGAUGGUGAAGACGAUUCUGUAGAUGAAGACGACAGAAAGGAAACCCAAAAAAAGGAAAGCAAGAAGCUGUUCAAAGAGUUUAUGAACCAAUACUUUUCUUUGAAGCAACAACUGUUGUCAAAGAUAAGGCCGGUUCCUGCUGGAUCAACACAACAUACAUCUUCUCAAUUCGAUUCAGCUUUGCCAUGUCACACGAGAUACCCUGAACUGACGCUACCAAUCUUUUCUGGAGAACUUUCGAAGUGGAUCAACUUCCGGGACAAUUUUAGAUCGUUGAUACAUGAGAAUCCCUUGCUGAAUGAUGUGGAUAAGUUCAAUUACCUCCGUACGUCGUUGAGAGAUGAUGCGCUACUUCAGAUUAACCAGAUACAAGUAUCAGCGACUAACUACGGCCUAGCUUGGACAACCUUAGAAUCGAAAUAUGAGAAUCACAAGUUGAUAGCCCAGGAGCAUAUGGGUGCACUUUUUGCAGCACCUAGCAUGCGAUCGGAAAGCUUUGAAGGGCUGAAUGCAUUGCUGACGACGUUUAAAAUUAACCUCCAACAGUUGGAGAAAUUGGGACAGGACACUAGAAGAUGGAGUGCUUUGUUGGCGUUCAUGUUAUCGCAGAAGUUGGACACAGAUACCUUUCGACUCUGGGAAACUCACCAUGCUUCUAAAAACGUGCCUUCCUACGAAGCCAUGGUUGAGUUCCUAGAAAACCAGUGUUCGAUUCUGCAGUCAACGGCAAGUCGAAGUGCAAGUGAAAAUCAUCGAAAUGUGAGAGCUCCCACCAGCCACAGUACGGUUACGAUGCAGUGCUUUUGUUCUAUCUGCGAAAAUGGAUCACACACGCCAGAACAAUGCUCUAGAUUUAGCAAGAUGAGGGUGAUAGAUAGGAGGGUAUUAAUUCGAAGAUUGGGUCUCUGCUUCAACUGUCUAGAUUCCGGACACUUUGUUGCAGAAUGUUCGCGUAGUUUUUGUCCGAAGUGUGGACAACGCCAUCAUUUUUUGUUGCAUCCAUAUUCUCCUAAUCGCAACAGCCAGUCAACUAUGCAGAGCUUCCUUCAAACCCCGGAAAGACCUCAACGCGCGAACAGUCAACCAAGAAGGCAACCUGAAACACAAGAUCAGUCGCGAACCAGUAUCGAUCAAUUUCCACAAAGCUCGCAAUCUACACAACAGCCACCUCCCACAAACACGCCUACUGUUAGUCACCACACUUCUACUCUACACAGUACACAACAACACACCCACACUGCUAUCUUGUCGACAGCCGUUGUAAAGCUUGCCGAUAGCAAUGGUAACACGGUUUAUGCUCGUGCUUUGUUGGACAACGGGUCCCAGAUUUCUUUGAUAACCGAGGAGUUGUCAAAAAGGCUUAAUUUUGUUCGUGUUCGGGAAAGUCUUCCUGUGAAAGGUGUUGGAGGGGCUACACAUGUUUCAAAAGAGUCUGUUUUUGCUCGUGUUUUAUCCUGUAUAUCUUCAUUCACUACCGCCGAGAGGAAAUUCUUCGUGCUACCUCGAAUUACGUUGGAUCUGCCCCAAAGAAGCGUCGAUGUUAGCAAUUGGAGACUACCGUCUUCUAUCAGCCUUGCCGAUCCAGAUUUCUACAAAUCAAGUCCCGUUGAUCUCGUGCUAGGUGUUUCUACGUUUUACGAUGUGUUGUUGCCGAACCAGAUGAGGUUAAGUAAUGGAGGACCUAUUCUACAGAACUCUCAUCUAGGGUGGAUUAUCGCAGGAGAGCUACCAGAAACGAGAGGCACUUUCUGGAACGCGCCAUACCUGAGGAUAUCGUAUCCCUGCUCGACUUUCUGCACGCUUGAAGUAUCUGCAGCCCCCGAAAGGGGCACAAAAUGGCUGUUAGCGAAGAACACCUCUGUUACCAAGAACAGUCUACAUUCACGUGCAUCCUUGAUCUAUUGGGAAUGUAAUCGGUUCGUGAAAGCAUGGGCCAUCAUAAUCAAUCGAAGCGCGGUUUAG